CUGCACUCUUCAGAGAUCGUUUCCAUCUGUCCGUUGGAGAACUAUCGGGUGUUCAGUUGCGAUAAAGAAGGAAAGCUUUGUCAGUGGGAGAUUUUCGGGGAUGAGGAAAGCAUGGUGAUGAUGACUCAAGGGGUAGCGCCGCCCAUUUUCGCACCACCCAACGGCAAACUGGUAGUGGCUCAUUGUCCGAAAAACUCAAAAGAAAUGAAAGUGUGGACAGUCGGAGAGGAAGGGCCAGUGCUGAAGAACAAGCUGUCGCACAACGAGGAGAUCACCUGCUUCGCCGCGAUAGCGCAAGGAACGCUCGUCGCCACGGGCUCGAGCGAUCAGUCAUGCAAACUAUGGCAAAUUGACUCCGGUUACCUCACACAGGUACUUGUUGGUCACGAAGGACGGGUGACAUGUGUGGCGCUGGCGGACGACGAACGCCUCGUCAUUUCUGGCGCUGAGGAUAAAAAAGUCAUUGUGUGGAAUGUCAGCACUGGUGACAUAUCACAUUCCCUCAUCUGCACAGCACCGCUGACUGCCGUCUCGCUCUCAUCAGACGGUUGCGUAGCCUUCUCCGCAAGUGAAGAUGGAUGGUUAGAGAGUUGGUCGACGGAAAAGGGGAACUUAUUGUCGUCUUUCAAUGCUCAUCGGCCUAUUCGACACGUCCUCAACUCCCUUGACGCAAACAGAUUACUUGUACAGCUCUCUUCAUGUGCCCAACUUCCGAUUCUGUGCCUUCAUAACUCCCCGGCUAGCUCACACCCGCAAACGCAGCGCAGACGCAGCGCACGAUCGCACUCAGUUACGAGUUUAGGAAAUGAAAAUGCAGGCCAAAACGUUGAAACAAAGGCUCGAGAGAUAAGCAACCCCUCGUUGCAAGUUGGUAAUGGCCAUCCAACUCCGCCACGAAGCGCUCAACACCGACCGACGUUCGACAAAUUGGACCGCGAUCAUAGCCGAACAUCAAUUAUUGAGAAAGAUCGAUCAACGACGCUGACAGCUGCCGCUCCUGUCGCUCAAAAAUCCCAUUUGUGUAGCGUGCUCUGA